CUUGUUUCUAAGGGUUUAGAAUGACCAUGACUGUUCUCCUUCAUCCAUAUUACUUAAGCAAUGACCUUGAACACUUCUCCACGAAUGUAAAGAGUUAAAAGCGCCCCAUGCAAGGCUUUUUUUCGAACUCACAGGAAGACCAACCGCUCACUUUUCUUACACUGAAAGGGUGCCUGGAAAAGAUGAUGACCAUGGCGUUCCCUCCGUCCAUCGACCCACAACCCAGCAAGCUCAAUAGAUAGAGCAGCAACAACCAUACCACAGCAAUCACCAUGACGACGAGAAGAAGAGAACGUAUGAGCGCCUUGCCUUGGCUACUACUGGUGCUACUACUACUGCACCCUGCUCCAUCCGGCGCCUCUCGAGGCAGUCCAGGAUGUACUACUCAUGGAAUUGACACGGGAGACAACGCCUGCUACGGCUUGACCCUGCAUCGAUGCGACCGGCAAGACCAUCGUGGCUGUCGAGAAACCACGCUCAACUACGAAUACACGGACGGAGAAGAAGAGUCCUCGAGUGUUCACCUCCAGGUCAAAGCACAGCACAAAUGCAAAAACGGUGCCACAAAAACAGAUGAUUCCUGCGAGAUUUCGGUAAAUGAUAGUAGAUGCCAAGAGUGUAGUUUUGACAGUGAACAAGGAACCGUCACCCUCGUAGCAUGCCCAGAUGCAGAAGGACUCUUGCCACAAAACGAACAAACGAUUGACAUUACACCAAAACAAGACGAAGAAGAAGAGCCAGAGUACUUUGCACUGGAAGAACCAGUCGACGACGAUUGUCUUCCGUCUCUGACGAAUACGCCGUGUGGACCCAAUGUAGUAUGUGCCGAUGAUCAGGAGUGUUGCAAUCCAUCUUGCGGCAUUUGUGUCGAACCAGGGGGUCUUUGCACCAUGGAAGUUUGUGACGCUGGAACAGGCCGUGGCGAGGGCAAUCAGCGCCCUAUGGACUCGGAACUCACGGAUAUCCCGGCCACGGGAGCUCCCACUUCCCAGGGCUCGGAACAAACGGAUAUCCCGGCCACAGGAGCUCCCACGCCGGAGGAAGUCACGGCAGCUCCCACUUUGCAGGAUAUCCCUGCCACAGCAGCUCCCACGGCCCAACAAUGCCUCACCCGCUGUGUCAUACUGUGGGGAGAGCUUUUUGAAAUCCCCUUUACCGAGGGCGUUCACAAUAGCGGUCAAGACUUGGCGGGACCCAUCCCCACAGAGAUUGGGCUCUUGACCGAGUUGACUCUGUUGCAGCUUCCACGGAAUGGACUCACCGGAAGCAUCAUUUCGGAACUUGGCAUGCUGACCAAACUGGUAAACCUGUGGCUUCAUGGGAAUGACCUGGAUGGGUCCAUUCCAGAGGAACUGGGCUUGUUGACAGACUUGGAGGUGCUGUGGUUGCAGGACAAUCUCUUGACCGGAAGUGUCCCAGAAAGUGUCUGUGAGAUUGACAGUCUAGAUUCUCCAGGCGCCUUGAAGCUGGAUUGUGACAAUCUGGAGUGCUGCGAUGGUGACGCGCGCUCCGCUGCCAUUCCUGCAGCGGCUCUUAUUAUGGAAACACCCACUGCUGCUCCCACAUCCCAGUGCCGCGUCCCCUGUGUAGAGAUCUGGGGAGAAAUCUUUGAAAUUCCUUUCAUUGAGGGCAUUCACAUGAGUGGUCAGCCACACUUGGCGGGACCCAUCCCAACAGAGAUUGGGCUCUUGACAGAAUUGACACUGCUGCAUCUACCAUGGAACCAGUUGACUGGAACCAUUGUUACUGAAUUAGCCAUGCUGACCAAGCUGCACUACUUGUGGCUAAACAACAAUGAACUCAACGGGACAAUCCCCGAGGAACUGGGGUUACUGACAAAUUUAGAGGAAUUGUGGUUGCACGAGAACCUCUUGACAGGACCUGUCCCUGAGGCCCUUUGUGAGCUGGAUGGUUUGGAUACUGCUGGAGCCUUGACCCUUGAUUGUGACAGUGUGGAAUGUUGUGCGGAAACACGCAGUGCAGAGUCUUUCAUCCCCAUCUCUAUCCCAGACUUGGGAGAUGUCCCCAUGAACAAAGUUUGUGCCGGUUCAUCUGCGGAAGGAGCAAUCUUUGGUGAUCGAUGCUAUGCUGUGGAUGUUGAAUUAUGUGUCACCACAAAUCCGAUUUCCACUGCUUUGGCCACCGGUGCAUGUAUGGUCAUUGAACACAAUUAUACCUACUACAACAACUUUGACCCAGACCAAGCUGGCGAAAAGAGGGCUCGUGGCAUUGGGGUUCCGGCUCCUACUCCCGUCAACAGUGGAGGCGACGAGGAAGAAGAUUUCUUUGAGCUCUACGCAGAGGUGUAUGUCAAAUUGGAUGCUUGCCUCCAUUCAUGCGAGAUUUCAAUCGGAGGGUAUGUCUGUGACGCAUGCGAUUUCGGUUGGGAUGAGGGACCAACAGUGACCAUGAUCAACUGCAGUGGUGUUCCCGCUGAUGUCUUUGAUGGCAGUUUUGUGAGUCCGCAAACUAUAGAGUUAGGAGAGAAUCUUGUGCAUGAUUUUGGGCAAAGCUUUGAACUUGCUGCUACUGAAGACAUGUGCAACCACCCAGCCAUCGUGGCCAACAAUCCUCCCACCGAAGCUCCUUCAGGAACUUAUAGUCCCACCAUCUGGGAUGGGCCUGAGAGGGGUGCACCUGUACCUGCACCAACAACUGAAACUGACAAGCCCACUUUAGAACCUACCACUUUGGCUCCCACAAAUAUAUUCAACAUGCGCUGCAAUGAUAUAUUUAAUGAUGGUACUAUUCAGGAUGGCACUUGCUACUCAUUUGACUCCACCUACUGUGCUUCUGAGAGCGGUGGCUGCAGUACUAUCUCUCAGGCUUGGCUAUACUACAAUCAGCAGGUUGAUGAUGAAAACAACCCUGUUGGACCAUUCACCGGUUAUGCAUAUGUGUAUGCCUAUACGGACUCUUGCACUGAUGAAUGCUACAUUGAUGUGGAUGGCUUUUCAUGUACCUGCCAGGCAAAAGGAGAUUCCGGGAUCAUCCUGGUAGGAUGUGAGAGCGCUCUCGAUGGCUAUUUCGAGACUCCCCAGACAAUACCACUGAAAGGAGCCCCCUUCAAGCUCACCCCCACAGAUGACAUGUGCAGCCACCCAGCUGUGAUAGCCCAGACAGAUGGCAGCAGCAACCGACAGGGAGGUGCUAAAAAGACGACAAAUGGUGCUAUAGUUCGCAGGUUUCCUGCCUCCCUGACCUUUCAUUUUGAAGCUGCAACGGGGAGUGACCUUGCAGACAUGGCCAAGACUCUGCUGAUUGGUGAUAGUAUGAAGUUCAUGCGUGACUCAAUGAGAAACGAGGAUAGAUUCAAGCAUACCUUGUUAGAUGCAACAAUGGAUCAGAUCACGGUGCUCUAUGAUGGAGCCACAUCACCAGAUGAAUGGACGGUCUCCUUUGAUACACUGAUUUCAUUGGAACCUGGAAGCAAGGCAACCCAAAGAGAUUGCAUCAUGGCUCUAGCAGACGCUGAUUGGGAUGACCUCCUCUCCAAGUAUGUGCAUAAGCGUGAAGAGCACACACUGUUGAGAGUGAGGAGCAAUGGAGGUACAGCUGAGUUGGACGGGAUUCGGAAAGUCAAGUUCCGGGCUGUAGGAUCUGGUCCCUACUAGUAAAUCGAAAGGCUGGGAUGCAUGGGAUGGAGCUGCUGUGCCAUUCCAUCACCGCCCUGGAGGCGUGCAAACUCCUACGUGUUGGCUAUCUAGAUAUAAAUAGAAUUAGAGAUCGCUUCAAAGGCUGUCGUUGUCUU